AUGGUGAUGAAUCAUUGUGGUUAAAUGUUUUUAAUUUUUGUUUUAUUUACUUAUAAAUAAUUUUAAUUGACAACUGAUUUUUUAAUUAAUCUAAAAAAAUAUGACAGAAGAUUGUGAUUCCAGUGUUGACAGUGAUGACGAAAGUUUUGAAUUAAAAUUUAGCAAAGAUUUUGAUGAUAUUUUGAUGGACUAUCCAUAUCCAAAUGUCAGAGAUUUUUUAACAAAAGUCAAAAAACAUUUUAAAUGGCAAAAUAAAAAAAUUAACAAGUUAAGAAAUAAAUUAAAUAAUCAGAAAAAAAAUGCUAGAGAAGAUGUUAAAAAUCAAUCAAAAGAAUUGUCUGAUAAAUCAAUUCAAACUGAAGAUGUAAAAUCAUCAACUGAAUGGGAUAUUAAUUGUGAAAAUUCAGCAAGUAUCACUGAACAAGUUAAACAAGUUGCUGAAACUGCACUACAACAUUCUGGUUUUGUUUUUGAAGAAACAUCUGGACUAUAUUAUGAUUACAAUAGUGGCUAUUACUAUGACUCAACACAAGGAUUGUACUACGAUGGAAAUACUGGCACGUAUUAUUGUUACAAUGAACAAACCAAGACCUAUGAAUUUCACAGUCAAACAACUCAGGAGCAGAAUGUGGAAAAAUUGGAGAAUCAAAAUAAAGAAGAAAAGCGAAAAAAAAGAAAAGCCAAAACGGCAAAUAAGGAUGAUGCUAAACGAAAACACUGUGAUGAUGAAGAUGACAAUGGUACUGAUGGAGAACCAGAGGAAGGACUUUGUACAACAAGUGACAGCAGUGAAUCAUCAGAUGAUAAUUCAUCAUCAAAUAGUGACAAUGAAAUUGAAAAUGAAAAAGAUCCAAAAGCUUAUCCACCGUGUAUGAGGAUAAUUGUCAAAGAAACAAGUAUACCAAAAUUAAAAAUAGGAACACUUUUUGUUGUAACAUAUACUGGUGGUACAAUUGGACGUGAAGGUGAUCAUUCAGUUCUAAUUCAAGAUAUAAAUAUAAGCAAGCAUCAUGCAAAAUUUCAAUAUGAUGAGUUGAAGAAACUGUAUGAAUUAAUUGAUAUGGGUUCAAGAAAUGGUACCUAUUUAAAUAACAAACGUUUGUCAGUUGCAAAACAAGAAUCUGAGCCAUUUGAAGUAUCUCAUGGUUCAAUUGUGCAAGUUGGAAGUACAAAAUUAUUAUGUCAUAUUCAUACUGGUCAUGAUACAUGUGGACAUUGUGAACCUGGUCUUAUCCAACAGCAUAAUAUCAUUGAAAAUAAUUCAGUCACAAAACAAGUUCAACAUAAAUCUGAAUUGAGAAGAUUAAAACAAAAAUUUGGAGUUGAAAAAGAUAAUACAAUUGCAGCAAGUACAGUUGCAAGUGGUUAUCAGGACAGAGCACAAGCAAGAAAAGAAAUUGUUGGUUCAUCAAAUCAAUAUGCCAAGACACAACAAAGCUCUGUUGAUACAUCUAUUGCAAAAGACAACAAGGGCUUUAAGUUAUUAUCAAAAAUGGGCUGGAAUGAGGGUCAAUCACUGGGAAAAAAUAACGAUGGAAGAACAGAGCCUGUACCAUUGAUGGGUAAUAAUAGCAAAAUUGGUCUUGGUGCAUCAACAGUGGAAUACAGUGAAAUUGAUGAUCCAAAAAUGAAAAAGAAAAAAAAUAUUUUACGUAAAACACGUGAAAGAUACGAUGUAUUAUCGUAAUUAUGAUUUUAUUUUAGAAAAAAAUUUAUUUACAACACAUCGCUUUA